GUUUAAUUAUAUGCGUUUUUCGAUCAGCUAUUGUACCAGUACUCAAAUCUUUCACUUCUUCGCUUUACCACCUGAACUACAAAAUCGUUUAUUUUCGGUGAUUGCCGUAUGUGAGUACUUGAGUCUUAUUGUUGGCAUGGUGACUUUACCAUACAUUUAUGCUGCUACUGUUGCUUCGUGUUCCGGCACAGUGUUUCUUGUAUCCUCAAGUUUGGCAUUCGUUGCUCUUUUAUUACUUUUGUUUGUUUCGCGCUACACUAAGAAAGAAAUUCGAAAUCUUGGUCUCAAUCAACUCAACAUUAUAGAAAUGGGUGAUUCAACCGACUAGGAGAAAACCUUUGCAGCUGCUUUUAAAAAAACGUAAAUCCCAUUCUACUUGGAAUCUCAUUAUUUUUCUCUUGUAAAUAGUCUUUCUUUUUACUUUGAUUUCACGUGUUUUGUAACAAAUUUCAAGUCUACUGUUUUUUAAAAUGGAAUCAUAGAUCUGCUAUUUUUUUUGCUUAUUUCAUAAAGACUAUAUUAAUAUUUUACGGGAUUCUCUUUACUGCAUUCUACUGUACGAUUUUUAAUUUUUGCGAUACCCUCAAAAAGGAAAUAAGCAACUUAUGUUUUUAAUUCUGUUAUUUAUACGAUUGUUACUUGCGCAUUGCAAAGUUGUCGUUUUAUACUGAAUAAACACACUCUGUUGUCGC